AUGGAGGCCUUCAUUCUUCUGAAGAAGAUAAAGGGGCCUACUCUUAUGCACAUUAAUAGAAUAGAUGGUGAAGUGGUACGAAUGCAAGACAUCAACACGGUCUCUUAUGGCACUCCUCCGAUUCGAAUAGCCUAUCUUUACUUUUUGCAGCGAAAUAUGUUUGAAACUGUGUCUAUUUGUAUUUAUAAGUCGACAACUGCCGAGCCAAUAAAUAAUCCAGAUGAAAAUCACAAAAUACGCACUGAAACAAUACAUGUUAAAAAACAGAAAUUAGAUCAUGCUGAAUGCACAGAGAGCAGUGAAUUUGUUAAGUGCCCAGAGUCUUCUAUGCUAUGUGAUGCAUGGACCUUUACAACUCUAGAAAGUCCGUUUUCUUCUGACAGCCUACUCACUAGCAAUAUAACUAGGUGUAUAGACUCUGAGGCAGUUAUUUCUAGAGUUGGAAGAUUUCUUAAUGAGUCCAAUGCCAAUAUGAUUGUUUGCUAUAAUGCAGACACUAGCCUAAUUAGAGAAAAGCUGCUAGGUCGGAAAGACUCCUAUAACUUUCUUGCAGCAUUCUCUCCCAUUUGUGAUAAAAUCAGUCUUAUUUGUGAUAUUUCCCAAUACUUUGAGUCUGUAUGCAGGCUUACUGAAUAUACUUUAGAGGAAAUGUGCAAAAGCUAUUCUCUUGAGCAUGCAGACAUUCCUGUUUGUGGUAGCGCAGACUCUCUUCAGAUGGUUUACAGUGCCAUUCGAAAUGGGCAUGCAUCAGACAGCGUUCUUGUGCAGCUUAACACUGCAAGAGUAUCUGCUGCAACAAUGCAUGCAAUUUUUACUAAAGGGAAUCUGCUUGCUCUUGCAGAAAAGCUAGCUUACAUUACAGGAGCGCUUCUUAACCCGAUUUUUCAUGGAUAUAAGUCUGACAGGGUAGAAUAUCUGCUUCUGCACCGGAUGCGAGACAAUCAGUAUCUUAUACCUAGAAAAUCACUGGGAGGAAAGAUAUCUGACAAGGACACAUAUGAAGGAGGAUAUGUGUUUUUAGAUAAACCAGGCGUCUACUCGGAAAGGUAUAUUGCUCUUUUUGAUUUCAACUCGCUGUAUCCUUCGAUUAUACAAGAAUACAAUGUGUGCUUUAGUACUUCGCACUGUUUAAAGAUGGACAAUACUAAAGAGUCCACUCCGUCCCUUCUUCCGGGUGCGCUCAGAGACCUUGUUACACAGCGAUCUGAGAUAAAAAGGCAAAUGAAAUCUGGAGCAGGAAACACCCAGCUAUUGGAAAUUGAGCAGCGGGCAGUUAAGCUUGUUGCCAAUUGUAUAUAUGGGUGUCUUGGAUUCAAGGGGUUUAGGUUUUACAAUAAAACUAUGGCUGCCUUUAUCACAGAAUGUGGCCGAACCAUUCUUAAAGACACGAAGGCUACUCUAGAGUCUAAAGGUCUUCAAGUCAUAUAUGGAGACACAGAUUCUGUCAUGGUUGACACGGGAAUAAAAAUCACGGACCCCUCUCCAUCUUUAGAGACUCUAUCUGGCAUAUCAGAAUUAAUCAGCUGCAAAUACAAUAACAUCAAGCUGGGAUUUGAAAAGACAUUUUCAAAGCUUGUUAUGAUGGCGAAAAAGAAGUAUUUUGGUAUAUAUUGCUUGAAUGGGGCAGAUGUUAUAGAAGAAAAGGGGCUGGAGACUGGUCGCCGAGAUUGGUGCCUAGUUGCUAGAGAAACAAUCAGUGCUGUCAUGCGGAUUCUUUUAUUCUCUCCUAUGCCGGAAGAGGAAAUACUUCGAAUGCUAUCCAGCUUAAAAGAAAGUAUGAAAUCCCGUGAUAAAGAAAGCUAUUUAAUUCGAAAGAAGAUACAGAAGAAUCCUGAAAGCUAUAAUGCAGUGCAAACAACAUCCCUACAACAAGUUUGUCUUGCGCUUCGGCUUAAGCAAGAAAGAGGUUUAACAUUCCACGGUGGAGACAUCAUCUCAUUUGUAAUCGCACUGCAUAAUGGAAUAUCCCGCCCUGAGCUGGUUUCAGAAAGAAGUGAAAUCCACUAUGAUUACUACAUGAAAUUGCAGGUGUUCCCACCCCUCCAAAGAAUGCUGGAGCAUUUUUCUUCUAUAUCUAUAGAGAACAUCCAGAAAGUGCUUGGUUUGUACACCUCGCAUAAUAAACCCGUGCAGAAGGCUCAAUACAGCAAUGUAUCACCAGAAACAAAAGAUGCUCUGAGUAUUCUUUCUCCUUGCUGUAGCCACCGACAGGAUAUGGCCUCUAGCUGUGCUGCCUGUGGAAGUUCUUAUACUCCCACACAAAUGAAAAAGCUUCUUAGAACCAUAAUAUAUAAACAGAGCAUAAAGCUGUAUGCAGUAAAAAGAUGGUGCUUUAAGUGCUGCCAAGUUGAGGAGUACAGCCCAAACUGCCUAAAAUGUCUUCUUCCAAUCGAGUGGAAAGAAACUUCACCAGAGAAUUUCCAUGCAUUUUUAUAUAAGCUACAAGAAAUGUUUUUUGGUACACCAUAUGAGCAGUCCAUUACAGAUAUUUUAUCUAUUUCCAACUACUUAUCCAUUGACAUUAGCAAGUUCCCACUAAACUGGUUUUCAGGCAAUCUGUACAUUCCUUCAAUGAUUAACAGAAGAAACAUCCUCGAUAAACUCUUCCUGUGAUAUAUUUAAGGUAUUUAUGUUCAGCCAGUUGGUCUAUUAUGCUAUUACAAGUUUACAUUUAAGAUUAAAUAAUUGAA